AUGCCUUGUACCAUGCUUGCUAGCAAAGCAAUGCCAGCGAAGGCGCUAGCAUCAUGCACUACUGCAACUGACGUGGACAAUGACACGCCCCAUGCUUUCUUGACACGAUCCUGGCAUCGGCCACUGAACAAUUGCAGGUAUGCCUUGUCCACAUGCCAACUGUCAGCGCCACGCUUCCUGAGAUGCUUGACAAUGUCCAGGCUUCAUACCUUCCGUGCCACACCAGAGCUGUCGAAGCAAAAGCCAGCAGCCCCGCUGGGCGCUAUACUCCUCGCACAGCCUGUCGGCUUCCCAGCCAAAACAGGUGCUGGCCAUCUCAGUGUGCAACCUGAAGGGGCCCUGCCAUUCAAGCGGCGAACAAGCAUGGUGAAGCUCGCUCUUCCGUAUACGCCAGCCGCGCUGCCAUGGCGCCAGUUGGCCCAUGAGAAGGAGAUGACAUGCCUCGGCUAUGCUGAGCGGCGCCGAUGCCGCCGCCGUGUGCAGCGCAAGGGCCUUCCUUGUGGCUUGCCAGCAGCAUUUUGA